AUGCUGCAGACCGGCAAACAAUACUGGUCUGCCCACUCACCGCCAGGCGAGAAAACGAGCGGGCUGGGCAGCAGAGAAUGUCAGCGGAGCGAGGCAGCCGGCGAGCUGUCAGUAGGAGCUGAUAACUGUAACUGCCACCACUCAGGGAAACCGGAAGUCCAGAAGUACGUCUGGACCGGUAGGUAAGUUUAGGUAGGAGGGGGGAGUCCCUUUUAAAGGGACAUAGCCCCUCCCACAACUUCAGGCCCUGCCUUCCAAUAUAUGCCUGAUCCUGAUGAAAGUCCCUGCUGGGACUGAAACGUUGAUCUUUUAAUGGAUACUUAAUAAAUUGUUAAUUUUAAUUCUUGAAAAUCCGUGAGUGCUGAUCACUAUCUGAAUUUAUUUGAAUUUUCCUGGAUUACAAGCACCUGGUUAUUAAAUCAUCCAAACGUGAGUGCAAGGACUUUUCUAUUUUUGAUAGAGAUAUAUAUAUAGGUAAGUGUGUGUUUAUUUUUAUGUUUACGCAUUGUUUAUGCACAGCCUCCUUAAACACUUCCUCUAACGAGAACCUUUCUUUAUUGUACAUGUUGUUUAAUUUAGAAUUUAUCUCCUGCUCGGUUAAUUUCCUUCUAGACCUUGGCGAAGCCUCCUGUGUGUGAUUAAAGCGGCACUGUCAUGGCCACAUCCAUGGUGUUUUGUUUUUUUUGGGUUUUUUUUUUAACCCCCCUUCCCAACUGCAAUACAUUUUAUUAUCCCCCUAGUAAUCCCCAAAUACCCCUAGGCCCCACGUUUUUACUUUUAUUUUUUUUAACACUUUAUUUCAUGCCUGGACUUAGGUCCUAGGUGCUGCCAUCUUUAUGUGGGCAGAUAAAGGCCCUGCGGAACACGUCACAUCUGCCCACACUAGAUAGGGCUAUGAAAUUCCUGCACAUGCCUAGUUAAACAUUUGGGCAUUCACUAUUGACCGAAAUUCGGAUGGGAAUUUUGUCUAUUUAUACCUCAGAAAGACAAAUGAAUAAAUAGAAAUUUCAAACGAACGAAGACCUCUUGGGUGGGGGACAGUAGGUCCCCCCUCCUUUUGUUACUUAGGGUCUAACAAAAGGAGGAGGGACCUAAUGUUAUUUUCUCCCCCACCCAAGAGGUCUAAGUUCAUUUGAAAGCUAUAAUCUUAUGUCUAAUAAUUGGUGCCUUAAAGGGGGUAUUGUGCUUGGCAUCUCCUGUUGCUGUCUUGUCUUCUAGUGUUAAAUGGAGUUUGAAUGGUAGAACACUGAAGAAGUGUCUCCAAGCACCAGUCUGUCGCUAUUUUUUGACUAAUGUCCGAGCCUUAUCUUGAUCAUUGAAGGGGCGGUAGUGAUAAACAGGGAACAUAAGCCGACACUCUCAGCCUAUCACUGGCUGUCAGUGGCGAGUAAAGUUUAAAAACAAAAAGGAACAUACGUUCCAAGCUUUCUCAACCCGAAGUAGUGAAUUCUGCCCUGUGCAUGUGUGUGAUAUGGCCGCUUAUAUCGCUGGUAAAACUCAUCCACCUUCCAGGGUGUGAUUUCGGAGGGAACGAGGGUUGGACAUAGGAAAGGUGUUGAGGGUUGCAUGGAGGGAAGGAAGCGAGAGUGAUGUUCAGAGCUGCCUGCAAUUGAAGACGUUAAUUUGGUUUGUGAACACUGCUCAAUGCAAGCUGAUAGCGGAUGUUUUUUAAGCACAAAGCUGACAUUGGUCAGUCCGGAAUAGACUUGUGGCCUAACUAGGAGGAGGAGGUGACACAAAUCUAGUCAUUUCUCUGUAUAGGCAAUGUUUCCAGAUUGCUUGCACCAUGAGGAUAUCUUCAUUGUGUGGGUUAUCUGCUCUGUACCAAUUCCUGAUGAUUUCCCGGUCAGUUUCUUGGUUCACUGGAGAGAGUUACUUCUGCGGGAGGUAGCAGGGUCAUCAUUGUGAGGAGACCCACUACCCAGCUAAUAUGGGGGUUGGUAGGCAAAUGGUAAGUAUUUACACAUAUUGCAUUGGUGUUGUAUAUCUGUCUAAUAAAGAUAUUUGAGGUUUGUAGAGAGACUGGGCAUUGUAAACUCCAACGAGAGAGAAGCUUUAUUGGAGUGCCAUAACAAGCCAGGCUGUUAACGCUGUUCUCUUUGGAUGCUUUGAGUGCCUGUUUUCUACAUACUUUGUGUAGGGGUUGUGUGCGCCACAAAAUCUGGUCCAGUCCCUGUGUGUUGUCUCCUCCUGGUUGCAAAUAAAGACAUUUGAGUCUACUUACAAUUACCUGAAGAUAUGUAGAGAUUUCUUGAGGCUUUAAAGAAGUGCAGUGAUGGACCCUCAAUAGGAGAUUGACAGUCUGUUUGGUUUUUUUCACCGUCAGAAAGAACACACUGGGCGACUGGUAAUUGGAGAUCACAAAUCUACGUCCCACUUCCGAUCAGGUCAGUAUUUAUUGCUGACUUCCUCCAGAUAUUGUGUGAUGUUCUGUGAAUGCGUGUUGUGUCCUUGAUCAAGAUGCCAGACGGAUUAGCUGGUUUAUUUGGUAUAGAAUAUCAACCAUAUUAAGGUCUCCCAUAUGUUGGUAGAAUAUGAAAAAAAUGCCCUAAUGUUAAUGGUUGCUGCUUUGACCAUUUAGCACAAGCUUUUGAGAUCUUGAGACCACAGAAAGAAAGACAUUUUGUGUUUGAGGCUUGUGACUUGUUAAUGCACUGCUGCCACCUAGUGGUGGUCCCUGUGACUGCUGUGAGGUUUGUAAUGCAAUGUGUUGUACGCACAGGGUUAAAAUGUGAUGGGCUCCAGAGGCUUCACCUCUCGUACUCCAAGCCCUACACAUUGCACACACCGCCAAGCGGGAUCUGUUAUAAUACUUUCCGUGCCACGGAACUAGGAAAGGUUAAAUUUGGUGGACUUUUUUCUUUUUCCAAGCUCACCAACUAUGUAACUAGGAAUUCCCCAUAACCCACGUACGCUGCACAUGCAGGUGAUGAAGAUAAGAAAAUAAACGACGCGCUUGAAUACCAGUUUCAGCAAAGCAUGGACAGCACAAUGACUGGGCGGAACCGGCGGCAUUGCGGCCUGGGAUUCAGCGAGGUAAGCCUCAGCCUAAAGCUUUCUUGUAUUAGAUUUCCUAUGCUAGUAGCCAGACUUUAGAUUACUGGUCACUGCCAGCCCCGAGAGUCGAUGGCACAAUUACUAACGGGGGAUUUUUACUCGACAGAGCCCUGGUUUAUUAUUAAAUGGGUCUCUAAAAGGUCUGCACGUAACGUAAAUAUUUGUUUAAAUCUUGGUUUGGAGUCGAUACUGGUUCUGUUUUAUCCCAUAGUCACACUUAGAGGAACAUUCUUACCAGAAAAAAGAAGGGCUUAUUCACUAAACAAUGGCUUGUGGUAAAAUGAAAAGAAAUGGCUAUUUUGGCUUAGAUUGUGUAAGUUCUUUCAGUGCACUGUUGAUUGAAUGAGUGGGCCACUCCCCCCUGCAUUCUGGGCCGCUCCCCCUGAGCGUCCUUAUAUUACACCCUAUGUAAAUUAAUUUAAAUGUAUUCAGCAAUGUCUGAGAAAACUCUUCAUGCAGUUCAGUUAAUCAAAAUGUACUCCCUACAGAUACACCUGCCCACUGCGGCUUUGGUUUCCAAGAGUCCCAGCGGUUUGACACUUACCUGGGGCCUGCUGUCUGGUCACCUCUUCAAAGAUGACUAAUGGAGUCUGUGUUCUAUAUCUCUCAGGGCUUGACAAAUUUGUUUGGAAUCUAGGAGCCAGCUAAAAAAGUUAGGAGCCAGUCAAAUUCUUAAAGGGACACUAUAGUCACCAGAACCACUACAGCUGGAUGUAGUUGUUCUGGUGUCUAUAGCCUGUCCUUGCAGGCAUUUCAGUGUAAACACUGCCUUUUCUGAGAAAAUGCAGUGUUUACAUUGCUGCUUAGUAACACCUCUAGUGACAGUCACUCAGACGGCCACUAGAGUGUCUUGGGUCACUGCUGCACCACGUGCAGCACCCACUUUCAGUGUCUCCAAGCUCUGCAUGGAGACGCUGAAUGUUCCUCAUAGAGAGUCAUUAAUUAAAUGCAUCUCUAUGAGGAGAUCCGGAUUGGUACAUUUCCUGCGCAUGCAAAAAAUCUUCACAAUGCUUUCCUAAGGAAAGCAUUGGCUUAGCUGAGAUCAUAAAGAUUGAUAAUCUCAGCCACGGAGGUGGUACCAGCCAUGCUGAAACUGACACAGCGUGGGUAAAUGGGGGAAAAGGUGAGUAAAAACAUCUUCCUCAUGCAAUCGGAGGGUGCAGGUACCUAAACGUGCACACAUACUCUGACAGGCUCACAUACACACUCGCGCUGACAACAGGCACGCACACACACACACACACACACACUGACUGACUGGCGCACGCGCACACACUCACUUAAAACAGGUGCACACACGCAAACGCAGUCUGACAUGCUUAUACACUCACUUUUUUGUUUUAAUUGAACUCCACUCAGCCUCCCUACCUUUGAGAGAGCUGAGUGGGUCUUCUCCUGGGGUCCAGUGGGGCUGCUCUCUUCCUGUGUGCGAGGGAGCAAUACUCUGCCUGUAGCUCCUCUCUGAUCCCUGCACGCUCUCUGUAAUGAUGCCAGGGACGGAGUAAUGAUUCUGGCUACCGGCAUCAUUACACAGCACGAGGGAGCAGAGAGCAGCUACAGGCAGAGUAUUGCUACCACGGCCGGCUGGCUCCAUGCUGCCUUGACUGGCCGGCUCCAUGCUCCUCAGGGCGGCCGGCUGCCUCCAUGCUCCUCAGGGCGGCUGGCCUCCUGCCUCCAAUAUUGUCCUGACGGCCGCCAACAAAGUUCCCUCGGCGGCCACACUAACUAGAGAGCUGGCAAAUCUCGAUUUGUCGGACCCGGAUAUAUCUAUUUAUCAUAUUGUUUCUUUGGAAAUUAAGAAUUUAGUUUUAGCACAAGCUUCUUGAACUUUUUAUGUUAUGUUUCAAAUGUACUAUGAUAUAUUUUUUUUAUAUAUUUAUAUAUAUAUAUAUAUAUAUAUAUAAUACAAUUUAUAUUUUUUUGUACCAUGUAUUAAAGAUUGAAAGUCCAGAUGAUAAAGUUGCAGCACUGCCUGAAAAUGUCCCUGGAACAGAGCCUGCAUCAAUGUUCAGCAAUCGGAGUGACAGUGACAGCGAAAGCCACAGUGAUUCUAGCUCGGAGAGCGAGGAGUUAAAAAAAACGACGACAAAAGAGAGCAAGAGUGUUUCCGAGGAGGAGAAAGAGAGCAAGAGCAGCUACAAAAUGAAAUUUGUCAAAUCAAGUGUCCCCUAA